GAGAGGAGCCACUUCCUGUCAGCAGACGCUCCCUCAUGCUGAGCAGUCUGUGUAGGAGCCCGUCACACUCAACACACCCAAAGAACGGAGAGAGAAGGACGAAGAAACAAGGGCGAUGGAUCUCAGGACGACAGCCUUUCUGCUGGUCCUGGCCUUGGUGGUUCCGUCUGCAGAGGCUGCGAUUGGGCUGAACGACCCCAUGCUCUGCUACAUCCUGGAUGGGGUGCUCCUGCUGUAUGGCCUGUUCAUCACCGCACUCUUCUUCAGAGAGAGAUACUUCAAGCGUCAGGCCACCUCUAAAGAUGAUGGUAUUUAUAUGGGCCUGAGCAAGGCCGCGGACACGUACGACGUGCUGUCUACCAACGCGGCCGAGAGCGGGGCCGCAGCCUUGCGGGGGAACCGCAGACGGACCGGAGAUGAGACGUACACGGCCCUGCAGAAACCAACCGACGAUGACUACAAAGAGAUUGGAGUAAAGAAGGAGCGUCGCAAAAACGAGAAAAAAGAACAGGUGUACCAGGGUCUGAGCUCACCCAACAGGGCCACCUACGAUACUCUGCACAUGCAGCAACUGCCAUCUCGCAAGUGACCUCACGACCCCUGACCCCUGACCCCUGACCCCUGGCCUUUCCCUGCCUGUACGACUGCUCCCUUGCUCUCACAGAAGGCGGCAUUCUAUUCCGCACCGCAGGGCACUGCCCGUUCCUCCUGCCCAGUUUUAUCACACAGAAAUAGCAAAUCAUAUUCACGGGCCAGUUGUAAAUUCAACAUUUUCAUGUGGUUUAUAGCUGAGUCCUAUGAAUUUCAGUUGAAAUACUAAUUUACUCAUUUCCCCUCCAAACAUUGAUAUUUUCAAAUUCCUCUGUUAGUCCAAAACCAGGUCCAGUUAUUGUCCCUUUUAUUGUAUUGCCUGGGUUUUUAAGAGGUUAGGAAUCUAGAGCAAUCCCCAUGUUUAUACAGGAAACAUUUAUAAAGUCAGGUUGUAAAUAAGUUGCACAUAUAAGCUCACCCACAUUAAAAAAAAAAAAAGCUUAAUGCUCAUUUCAAGUUGUACUUUUCUCUAUGUGAUUUGUAGAAAUGAAAUAAAAUGCUUUUUGAUAUUUUA